AGAAAAAUAAGUUUUUUUUUCUAAAGCGGAGGUAGUAACAAGUAUUAUUUUGGCAAAACAUCUUAAAUUCAUUUAUAGUUUUAUAAGAUUAAUUUAUUCUUGCGUAGGCUGAAAUGCUUUAUUUACUCCAGUAUAGAGUGUGAGUCAUUUAUUGUGGCAGUAGCAGCGAAGUGAAGCAGACCAACUUCACCCUGCGUCUGCGUGCAGAUGAGAAUGAUGGUGCCUCGCUGCUUCUUCCUCAUCGUCGUCGUCACCCUCUCGGCCGGGGCCGGGGUAAUAGCAUCGCCAUCGGCGGCCAGCUCCGACGUGGCGCUCCUCCUAGAGCGCGUCAAGCCGGCGCUCCAGGGCCAGGGCGCCAACGCGCAGCUCUCCACCUGGACCGCAUCCACGCCGCUGUGCCUAUGGCGCGGCCUCCGCUGGUCCACCGCGCUGGCCUUCCCCCGCCCGCUCCCCUGCGACUCCCCCGCCGCCCGCGCCAACCUCUCCCUCGCCCGCGACCCCUCCCUCCUCCUCCUCUCCCUCCGCCUCCCCGCCGCCGCCCUCGCCGGCCACCUCCCGCCCGCUCUCGCCGCCUUCUCCGCCCUCGUCUCCAUCUACCUAGCCCACAACGCCCUCACGGGUCCCAUCCCCCUCGACCUCGGCAACGCCCCCGCGCUCGCCGUCCUCGACCUCGCCUCCAACCGCCUCCAAGGCGCCCUCCCGCCCUCCAUCUGGAACCUCUGCGACCGCCUCACCCACCUCCGCCUCCACGACAACGCCCUCACCGGGCCCAUCCCCGACCCCGCCGGCCCCAACACCACCUGCGACGCCCUCCGCCUCCUCGACCUCGCCGCCAACCGCCUCUCCGGCGCCUUCCCAUCCUCCCUCGCCGCCUUCCGCGGCCUCCAGACCCUCGACCUCUCCGCCAACCGCCUCUCCGGUCCCAUCCCGCCGGGCCUCUCGCCCAUCCACGCGCUCAACCUUUCCUACAACAACUUCUCCGGUCAGAUUCCUCCCGACCUUGCCGCCUCUGCGCCCGACUCCUUCCUCGGCAACAGCCCGGCGCUCUGCGGCCCGCCGCUGGCCCAGCAGUGCCUGGCCAAGCCCUCGGGCCUUAGCCCCUCCGGCGUCGCCGCAAUGGUCAUCGGCCUCAUGGCCGCCGCCGUCGUUCUGGCCUCGGUGUCCAUUGGGUGGGCGCAGGGGCGGUGGAGGGCGUCAGAGGAAGGGGGCACACUCGUGGAAGCCACGGAGGACGGCGCCGGCGGCGAGGGGAAGCUGGUGGUGUUCCAGGGAGGAGAGCACCUGACGCUGGAGGAGGUGCUCAACGCGACGGGGCAGGUGGUGAACAAGGCCAGCUACUGCACCGUGUACAAGGCGAAGCUGGCGGAGGGCGGCGGCAGCAUCGAACUGCGGCUGCUGCGCGAGGGCAGCUGCAAGGACGCCGAGUCGUGCGCGCCGGUGGUGCGGCGGAUCGGGCGCGCGCGCCACGAGAACCUGGUGCCGCUGCGCGCCUUCUACCAGGGGCGGCGCGGCGAGAAGCUGCUGGUGUACGACUACUUCCCCGGACACCGGACGCUCCACGAGGUCCUCCACGGGGAGCAGCAGGGGCGGCCGGCGCUGACGUGGGCUCGCCGGCACAAGAUCGCGCUGGGGGUGGCGCGGGCGCUGGCGUACGUGCACGCGGGGCACGGCGAGGCGCACGGCAACGUGCGGUCGUCGAACGUGCUGGUGGACGAGUGCUUCGUGGCGAGGGUGGCGGAGUACGCGGUGCACCGGCUGCUGGUGCCGUCGGCCGCGGAGGCAGUGCUGGCGACGGCGAAGGCGGAUGGGUACAGGGCGCCGGAGCUGCAGUCGAAGGGGUACUGCAAGUGCAGCCCGCGGACGGACGUGUACGCGUUCGGGAUACUGCUGCUGGAGCUGGUGAUGGGGCGGCGGGCGUCGGGAGAGCUGCCGGCGGUGGUGAAGGCGGCGGUGCUGGAGGAGGUGACGAUGAUGGAGGUGUUCGACGCGGAGUUGGCGCGCGGGGUGCGUAGCCCGUCGGAGGAGGGCCUGCUGCAAGCGCUGAAGCUGGCGAUGGGUUGCUGCGCUCCGGUGGCGGCGGCGCGUCCCACGAUGGCGGAGGUUGUGCGCCAGCUGGAGGAGAUCAGGCCCCGGAACAGCAGCCGCCCGUCGGCGAUCUACAGCCCCGUCGGCACCGGCACUGGCACUGCCACGCCCACCGCCGCCUAGUUCUACCCUUAUCCGUACCGUACCGUAUGUAUGCAUGACUACCAUACCCAACCCAACCCAAAUGCAAGGUGAAGGUGCAUCCAAUCUCCUACUCGUACGCCCAUCCUCUCUUCGUAUACGGUGUAGUGUAGUAUUAAAACUGAAGAUUAUUAAUUCGUGAUCCUCAGAGGAAUGCAUGCACCAACAUGAUAUAUACCGUAGGUAGGAGUACUCCACUUUUGAUUAUAAAGUAUGGGAACGCGCAGUAUUGCCCAUUGGAGUACUACUUUAUGUAUAUCUUUGUUCCGAUCAUUAAUCUCAGUACUGCACCACGCUUAAAAUUUAAAUUUUUAUAUUAAAAAUAGAGUUGAU